UGUCUUUUCGUUGCUACUUUAAUCGUUCAAAUGGAGAAACUGAAGCGAGCAGUGAAAGAGAUCGCCUACGCUCAAGACCAAGCCAGGCUCUCGAAACUUCAUCUGUCUCUUAUCCCUUUCCUCUCCUUUGCUUCGUCCCUUUACGGCGUCGUUCUCUCACUCCGUCACGCUCUUUACCGCUCUGGCUUCUUCUCUAAGCACAGGUUGCCAGUGCCGGUAAUCAGUGUUGGGAAUUUAACGUGGGGAGGAAAUGGAAAGACGCCAAUGGUUGAGUUCGUAGCUAAAUUCUUAGCUGAUUAUGGAAUUUCACCUCUCAUUUUAACAAGGGGUUAUGCUGGUGGAGAUGAAGCUAAAAUGCUGCAAAGGCAUCUACUUGGAGGACCUGUAAAAGUUGGCGUAGGUGUAAAUCGGAUGGCCACUGCCAAUUUGUUCUUUGAAAAAUAUGGAUAUGUAGAUUGUCGUGGUAGUAAAUUCUCUGAGAAAACGUACCUUGACCAGAAAAUGGAAAGUCAUAUAAGUUCUGAAAAAAUUGGUGCUGCUAUUCUGGAUGAUGGAAUGCAGCAUUGGAGCUUGUGUCGUGACCUAGAGAUUGUAAUGAUUAACGGAUUAAUGCCUUGGGGAAACCACAAACUACUUCCACUUGGACCAUUAAGAGAACCUUUGACGGCACUCAAACGUGCAGAUGUUGCUGUAGUCCAUCACGCUGACCUGGUGUUAGAACAAAAGCUCAAAGAUAUUGAGUUAGUGAUUCAAGAAAUCAAAGAGUCACUUCCUAUUUUCUACACCAGAAUGGCUCCCUCAUAUUUCUCUGAAGUGAGAAAUAUAAGCAUAAAGGUGCAUCUGGGAGCUGUGCAUAAUGCAGUUGUAUUAUGUGUUUCUGCCAUUGGCUCUGCCGAUGCUUUUGUGCAGGUGAUGGAAAAGAUAGGACCAAUAUAUGUUGAUCGAUUUGACUUCAGUGACCAUCACUCAUUUCAAAUUAAGGAUAUUCAUAUGAUGAGAGAACGACUUAGACAACUUGAAGACAGAUUUGGUUGUCAGCCAAUUGUUAUAGUUACAGAAAAGGAUUAUGAUCGAGACCGAGAGAUUCUGAAACAUUUGCAUCCUUUCCAAGUUCUGGUGCUCUGUUCUGAAAUGCAGAUUAUUUCUCAUAAAGGGUGCAACGAGGAUACCUUCAAGUUGUUAUUGAAGGAACUACUAGAAGAGUGAACAUGUAGUUAUCAGGUACAGGAGUUUAGAUUGCAUUUGUACUUUGCAGGAGCACAAUUGAGAUCCAUCUGCACGAGUAUUUGUAUCCUGUUUUCACAUUUAAAUUUUUUUGGCCCGCGCUGUGGCGAAAGAGUGAUGGUAAAUGUAGUUGGCUAAGCAAAGUAUAAUUCUGUUUAUUGCUCUUGCAUGUUUAGGGUUCUCUUCUGCAGCUUUGUACUGUACCACCAAUCCAAUUCUUUAAAGAAGAGUUAGUACUGGAUACAUCUUUAGUUUUUAACAUGAGAAUGGAAGCUUUUCUUUCCUUCUAUAUUUAGAGGCAAAAGACUUGAGCAGACUGCAGUGAAUUCAAGGUAUUACCAUGAAACAUAAAAUUUGUGGCAGUUUUAGGUGAUGAGCUUACA